CCACGACCACCAUAUCGGAACCUCUCAUUCCGCUCUUUCAUUAUCUCUGCCACCUCACAACAUGUAAAUCCACUACACCUUCCAAGUCAAGCGUCACUGGGCCUUCCAAAACUUCCAAGACGACAGCAACCCCCAUCCCGGCUAUUCACAACCUCCCCGACCUCGCACCAUGAAAACCCACUCGGCCUCCCAAAACGGCCCCCUCCACCACCAACAAUGCCACGCAAAACAGGGCCUAUACCCAAGCGGCCCAUCCCGAACGUGAAAAAGGUCGUCGCUGUGGCGAGCGGGAAGGGUGGCGUUGGGAAGAGCACGGUUGCGCUCAAUCUAGCCUUUGCCCUCGCACUUCAGAAAAAGAGGUUGAAAGUCGGGAUAUUGGACUUGGACAUAUUCGGGCCUUCUGUACCGACGUUGAUGGGGUUGCAGAACGUCGGAGAGCCUGAAUUGACGAGUGCAGGAGGUAUAAUACCACUGACGAACCACGGAAUCCCAUGCAUGUCCAUGGGUUUUCUCCUUCCCUCCUCAAGUUCUGGCGGGGACAACACGGACACACCUAUAGUAUGGCGCGGACUCAUGGUGCAAAAAGCCGUUCAGCAGCUUUUGUUCGACGUUGAUUGGUCGAUGGGGGGUGGUGGUGUCAACGCGGGGUUGGACGUUUUGGUUGUGGAUAUGCCGCCUGGGACGGGUGAUGUCCCCCUUACCCUUGGGCAACUUGUAAAUGUGGAUGGCGCAGUUAUCGUGUCGACGCCGCAGGAUGUCGCGUUGUCCGAUGUUAGGAAGGGCAUAGCGAUGUUGAGGAAAGUUUCUGUGCCGAUAACAGGUCUAAUUCUUAACCAAUCUUACUACCUGUGCCCGACGUGUGUCUCUCCAGAACCCCAAUAUCUCUUCGGAAAACCCGACGCGUUCCGCUCAGUCGCACAACGGCUUGGUGUUCCUGUUCUUGGGGAACUUCCGCUCGUUCAAGGAGUUAGUGCUAGCGCUGAUGAAGGGUGGCCUUACGUUCUCGCAGCUAAAGGGGACCAUGAUGGCCCAGGCGGAGCGGAUUGGAGGGCGGUUAUGAAGCGUAUUGCUGAACAGCUGGCCUUGGGGUUGGGAUUGAGUUGAGGAGUUUGGGGCUGCUUGUCGCACAAUUACAUAAUGACUUUGCUUCUCAGCACUUCCUCAUCCGUGGCGAUUUUAGGCCAGAUCCUGUCCGGACAAAUUUUAGGAUAUUUU